AUGAAGCCGGCCCGCAAAGGUCCAGCGAAAGGCGCGGAGGAUGGGGGGCCGCCAGCUGAUGCCCCAAGCCCUCCGAUGCAACUGCUCGCCUUCGUCAGGCUCCAUGCUCUCCACGAAGAGGCCCCGAGCGGCGUUCCACAGCCAGCGCCUGAAGCUGGCCUGGACGCUGCGCUUUUGGAGGGCAAGGGCGAUGCCAACAAGAAGUACAAGCUGGGUGUGUGCGGUCACUACCUGAUCAUCUUCUCCGACGAAGCCGGGAGCAAGCGGCAGCUGGACAAGGCUGAUCUCAUCGGGCUGGAGGUCUGCACCAAGGUCCCGGAAGGAUCCCUGCCGCUGCUGGGGCUACGGCCCCUGCGCAGGGAGGAGCCAGCAGCAGUCCCGGCCAAGCCGCCGGGUCCCGCUCCCGCGGCGAAGGCUCCAGCGCACAAAGGCCGAACCAUCUCCACACCUCCAAACGACUUGGGGUGGCUGCUGGUAGCAGAAGGGGGGGAGGAGUGCAUGCGACGCACCGUUGAGCUGUUGGCUGGCGCCGGAGCUGCGCGCACAGAUCUCGACAAUGCGUACAAUGUGGAAGAUGGCGUUAUAGGGACGGGAAGCUUUGGAGUCGUCCGUCGCGCGAAAGUUCGCGCCGCGAAAGGCGAUCCAAAGGAGAAGCAGGAUCUGGUUGCAAAAUGUAUCGAUCCGGUUGCCUUGAAGGAAGUGGACGGCACACUCACAGGUGGAGUGCCCACCUUGCUGCGGUCGGAGCUAUCCUACAUGCUGACAGCAAAGGGGCAUCCGAACAUCCUCAACCUUCACUCUGUGUUCCGGCAACCCACCAACGGUCAGUGGGUGCUUAUUCUGGAUUUCUGUGCCGGUGGCGAUGCCUUCACUCAUAUCUCCAAGACGGGGGUCCAGCCGGAGGCCACCUGCAAGACGAUGCUUGAGGGCCUUCUGCUUGCCUGUGGGCACCUGCACUGGCUUGACAUCCUUCACCGGGACGUCAAGCCCGAGAAUUUGUUGCUGCAAACAGGUGGCAGGCCGAUGCUCGCAGACUUUGGUCUAGCCUGCACCGCAAGCGAUAGUGAGGAAACUCGCAAGCGAGUCGGUUCGCCUGGCUACAUCCCCCCGGAGGUCCUGCAGGGAGGUCGCUGCACAACCAAGGCAGACGUGUUCGCCGCGGGAGCGACCCUUCACUUCGCCAUCUCCGGCAGUGCCCCUUUCGUGGGCAAGGACAUGGCAGCCACUUUGCACAAGACGGUGACUGACAAGGUUUCCUAUGAUGGUGAUCUGUACAGUAAGCUGAGUCCGGCAUUGAAGGCGUUUGCGCUUCUACUGUUGUCAAAAACAACAGCAGAGCGCCCGUCUGCUGAACAGGCUUUGAAGCAUGAGUGGUUCAGGGGAAAGGGCGCGCCAUCGGGUAAACCCGGGGGCAAGCCUCCAGAAUCCUCGAGCUUGACCCCUGCUCCGCCUCCCUCAAGGGGAGGCACUUACCGGCAAUCCUAA